AUGAAUCAGAAUGUCAGGCAGCUAAAUAACGAGGCCUUGGAACGGCUAUGCACAUUCUGUCAGCAAGAUGAGCUCGUCUACAAAAGCGUUGACGAGGCCCUGUAUUAUGAAGGAAGCUCGGAUGAGUUGUACCCAGUGGAGUACCUAAACACGUUGGAACCCACUGGAAUGCCACCUCAUGGGCUACGUCUGAAGAAAGGUGCAAUCGUCAUGCUUCUGCGCAAUCUUGACGUUGUCAACGGUCUCUGCAACGGGACACGACUCAGAGUAGAGACCUUUGGACGCUAUGUGCUUGGCUGUCGCUUUGUUUGUGGUAACCGUAAAAACCAGUUAGCUGCAGUACCCAGGAUUGACAACCACUGGGAAAAGCAGUUACCGUUCCGACUGCGAAGAAGGCAAUUUUCUUUACGUCUUGCUUUUGCAAUGACUAUAAAUAAGGGCUCAAGGACAGUCCUUCAAUGA